AUGAAUUUUGGAUCUAAAGAUCAUAUUGAAAUAAGCAGAAUAAAUGCAAUUAUAUAAAGUAUGUUCAAAAACAUUAAAUAGGUAGUGAUUGAUCGUUCAUAUACUUAAAUGCAUGAAGUAUAUAUAAAGAUAGUUGAAUAGAUAAAUGUGAAAAGAACUUAGAUGAAUUAUUAAUUUAAUAUCCUCUAUUUAACAAUAAAAUAGAGAUAUUUCAAAAAUACCCUAAUCCAAUACCUAAUUUUUAUGAUGAUGUUAGAUUGAAGUAAGAAUAUUAAAAGAAAAUACAUCAAAUUAAAACAUAAGAGGAACAAUAAAGAUAAUCAAGAAUCAAAUAAUAAAAAGAAUAUGAAAAAUAAUUAUAAAAUUUAUAGAAAUCUUAAUAAUAAACAUCAAAUGAUAGUUCAAAAAUUAAAAAUGAUGGUUAUUUUUUUAAAUAUGAAUAAUCACUCAAUAGAAAUGAUAGUUAAGAGAUUAUUAAAUUAAUUAAUAUCCAUAUUAUAGUCAUAAGGUGGUUUAAAAUCCUUAAUGUAAAAAUCAAAAGAAAAAGAUUAACAACUUUCAACUUCUCAGUCUAAAUAAAAUUUAAAUCUUUCAAAUUAAUAAAAGAAAUAACAAUAUUAACCAUAUAAGGAACAAUUUGGCCAACUUAAGAAUUAAAAUGUAGCUACAGGAGUUAGAAAAUCUAGAAGUAUAAAAUUUAAAUAUAUAUUUAUUAGCUGGCUAGAUGAGAAAUUUAGCAUAGCAAUAAAAAUAUUAAUAGGAUCAAAAUGCUGA